AUGAGGAAACCAUCAAGGAAUUUAAACAACAGCAGCUCUUUGACAGAAGGAGAAUCAACCAUUGAGUUAAACAUCUCUGAAAUACCGAGUAAAAUGAGAUUAAACUACAUACCCAUAGAGCGGCCAACACAGAGUUCAUUUGUGACAGUGGAAGAAAUGGUUUUAGUGGAUGUGAGAAGCACAUGCUGGCUGGUACAAGAUGAAGAGCGAAAGGCCGUGAAGCCUGUGCCAACAGCACGUGAGGACGACCACUUGGGGACGGAGCAGACGCUGAAAGCCGUCUGUGAAAUGAAAGUGGAAGAGCGCAGGCGGGAGGCUGCUAUCGCGAGACCAUUAGCGUGGGGAUUAAAGGUCGCGAGACCAGUAGCCUGGGUGUUAAAGGUCUUCCUGCUCUGCUGA